CCUCUUCUUUGUAAUGCCCAUUUAAUUUAUCAUUAAUAUGGAUACACCUUCAAUUGUCACACUACAUACUCCUAUCACCAAACACGAGCUCCACCUUUUUCAUAGUAUAGAUCGUGAGUUAUUUUGUUUUUUGAUCUUCAAACUUCAUCAUGAGGUGACACAAUCUCUUUUAGUCAUGACCCUUUGGCUUUGGCUUGAAAAAGUUGGACAUCCUAACUUUAUCUCAAGAGUAACGGUUCUAUCAAGUACCCUUAUCAAUUCUCUAGUGAAGGAAGCUUUGACUUGUUUUCAUUUUUUGGAGAGGGAUGACCUUGCCAUCCCAAGUGGGGGUGGCUUGCCCUUGACCAAAAGUCUAAUUGAAAAGGACAUUUCUCUUCAGAUUUUCAACUUGAAAAGGUACACAGUAAUAGCCGGUAUUAAAAGUGUUCUAAACAACCUAUGUGGUAGAAUUUUUAAUGAUAUUUUGCAAAUUGUUUUGAAAAGCAAAAAUAUAAUUGCAUCACGAGGUACCACCACACGAAUUCAUGCACUCAACAUGCCUUUGAUUCUUCCUGGUUUUCCACACCCUUUAUUUGGCAACUUUGAUUUAUUACCAAAGAUUGAGAACAUCAAUUUGAUAGACAGAAGCAUAUGGGUUCAAAAGAGUCCAUCUGAUGACGCUACAAAUGAUGAUAAAUCAAUUUUUCUCACAUUUUCUAGGGGUUUUCCUGUGUCAGAUAUCGAGGUCAUGUACUUGUUCACAACUACUUAUGGGGAUUGUGUGCAGAGUUUAACCAUGGGAGGAAAUUUUGACUCUAGUGAGCAACCUCUAUUUGCUAUUAUGAUUUUAAAAAUGGUGGAGAUAGUGGAUCAUAUUUUGUCUGCUAAACGUGUUGCUAAGCUUCAGAUCAAUGGGAAGCACAUAUGGGCUCGCAAAUAUGAGCCGCGUCCUUGAAUUAGUUCUUCCGUCUCAAAAUAAUUGUCAGAAAAAAUAUUUGUCCCAAAAUAAUUGUCACUUUUGAUGUUCAAUGCAACUUUAAUUACUUAUUCCAAUUGGGUUUUCUAAUUAAUAUAAUUUACACCGCUCCCAAAUUAUUAUUCACUAUUUUGCAUUUAU